AAAAACCAUUUUUUUAUAACGCUUAAUAAAAGAGUUAUUAUUGAGGAAAGUCUAAUCGUCGCCGAUUUUUAGCCAGCACUCGGUGAGAUAGUAAACAGCUGAGCGUUACACACACAUAGACGCGCGGCUCAUUGACGUGCAGCUAAAGACUAAUUGACAGACUUCACUCAAUAAUAACUCUUUUAUUAAGCGUUAUAGAAAAAAAUGGGGACUUUUCUCCUCAGUUUUAUCUGCUAGAUAUGAGUAAUAGUAUAGAUAUGAGUUAACUCACAUGAAUAUGCACAAAUAUUUUCAAUGUUUUAAUAAUAAAUAUUAACUCCUUUAAAAAUAAAUAUUAACAAUAAAUAUUACCUCCACGCAUAUAAUAUUUAAUGCUCUAUUUUUAAAAUAUUAUUUGUUUGUUACUAAUAUAAAAGCAAUAAUUUUUGCAAAAAUAAUAAAAAGUAAAUGUAUUUUAAACAAUUUUAAUAUAAUCACAACAAGAAUAUCUAAUAUACUUAGCUUUACUGUAAAAGGAAUGAAUUUAGCAUGUAUUUUCUGUUGUCAAUAAAAUUUGAAACAAUUCUAGCUAAUCGGAGAUUUUUCUUAUAUAUUACAAUGAAGAAUGAAUAUAAUAGAAUGCAAUAAAAUUUUGUAGAACUUAUUGAAAAAUUCUUACAUAUAAAUAGCUCAUUGUUGUAGAUUAAUCCUGUCUUUUCGACAUUUAAAAAAUAAUGAUGCAAUACAAGUCAUUUCGAACCAACAAAACAACGUCGAAUAUUAUAUAAUAAGACGAUAAAGCGCUAAUCACCUUGAAUAUUGAGUUAAGUACUAUAUUAUAGCUAGUAUUAUAUAAUAGCAAAUCUAAACUCUAUUAACGCUACGUCAAAUUCCAACUUGAUCUUCAACUUUUAUUCAGUUGUCAUUCUUAUUUCAUUCAUGCAACAUUUCCUUCCACUAGUCGAUAACAAAAUUUAUUAUUUUAGAACAAUAAUUACUUUAAAACAGAUAUGUUUAAGCAUAGUUAAUAUAUAUAUGUGUUUUUAAGAAGCCCUGAAGAGCACUGAAAUAAUAUAAAGAAAAUAUCGCCCUAUGAAAAUGUGCCCUUUCAAAGUCAAUGCACCAGUAAAGCUCGUCUCGCAAGCAAAACAGUAGUUAUAACAAGAGCGAAUAUUGGAAUCGGCAAGGAAAUAGCUAGAGAUCUUUAUAGAAGAGAUGCAAGAAUAAUUCUAGCCUGUCGAAACAUACAAAAAGCUAACAAUGCAGUUGAAGAUAUUAACAAAAAUCCACCCAAAGAAAAAAUAAAUAAAGAUGCAGUGUGGUGCUAUACAUGAUGAUCUAAAUUUGAAGGAAUCAUACACUCCUUUCAAAGCCUAUACGGAAAGUAAACUGGCGAAAAUAUUGUUUACUAAGGGACUGAUCGUCGGUUAAAAAACAAGAUAUACAAAGCGUAUAGUGAGAUCGUAGUAUUACAAAUGUGGACCUACCAUAAAUUGUGCACCAGUAAAGUGCGCCUUGAUAAUAAAGUUGCAGUUAUAACAGGUGCAAAUACCGGAAUCGGUAAAGAGACCGCCAGAGAUUUUUACAGAAGAGGUGCAAGAGUGAUUUUGGCCUGUCGGAAUGUAGAAAAAGCAAAGGAAGCAGUUGAAGAUAUAAAAAAUAAUCCAUUUCCAAGCACAGAAAGCCAACAAUACAAAGAUGAGUUAGGCGAGUUAGCGAUAUAUUCAUUGGACCUCUGCAGUCUAAAGAGUAUAAAAGAAUGCGCUAAAAAGUUAUUGACAAAUGAACCAGUUAUUCAUAUACUAAUCAAUAAUGCUGGUAUAAUGAUGUCUCCGCAUGAAAAAACCGAGGAUGGAUUCGAGUUGCAGCUGCAAUCGAACUAUCUUGGACAUUUUCUCCUAACAUUGUUACUAUUGCCGAAAAUACGAUCAUCUGCUCCUGGUUGCAGAAUAGUUAACGUGUCAUCACUUGCUCAUGUUUUUGGUAAUAUACAUUUCGAUGAUAUGAAUCUGGAAAGAUCGUAUGGUCCAUUGAAAGCGUAUGCUCAAAGCAAACUGGCAAACAUACUAUUUACUAAGGAACUUGCACGUCGAUUAAAAGAGGCGGAAAUUAGCGGAAUAAAUGUGUACUCCUUGCAUCCCGGCGUCGUAAGAACCGAGUUAGGCCGAUAUUUUGAUAGAACAAUAGUUCUGGGUGCAAAGUUCUUUUAUCGUCAUAUUAUGCGGCUGUUUAUCAAAAAUCCAACACAAGGAGCGCAAACAAUAAUUCAUUGUGCGGUUGAUGAAAAAGUGGCUGAUGAAACAGGUCUUUAUUAUGGAGAAUGUCGCGCGAUCAGACCGCAAUGGAAGGCGAGAGAUGAUCGAAUAGCCAAGGAUUUAUGGGACCAGACUUGCCGGCUUUUGCACUUGGAACCUAAUGAUGAAAAUCUUACUACAUUUUUGCAAACUAUCUCACGCCAACUUGCUGAAUAAUAUUUGAAAAUGGCUAUAAAGAUAGCCGAGGGUAUUGAGCGGGAUAGGAAACACCGCAAGAUAAAAUCAGGAGAUUGAAGGUAUAAAAAAUUUUGUAAGAACGGGCCAUAGACAAUAGACAAUAGAUAUUAAUAAAUAAAUUAAUUAAUUAAUUAAAUUCCUUAACACGUUAAUGACCGUAAAUAGUAUAAUAUAUACAUAAUGUAAUUUAUUCUCUAAAAUAUACAAAUUCUAAAAAAAUGUAGAUUGCAAAUAAUGCAUACCAAAUUAUUUUUGUACGUGACAAAACCUGACUAUCACUAGACAAAUAAUUUGCGUAUUAAUCGAUAAAAAUAACAUGGGAAUCAAACCAUUAUUAUAUUUUAAAUGAUAUUGAAAAUACAUUGUCUAUCGGCUAUCAAUUUUAAAAUUUAUUAUCAUUGACAAAUUAAUAAUAUAAUAAUCUAUAUGCCUUUUUACUUUCAAAUGUAUAUUAUUUUAAAAAGUAUAUAGUUGUGUAGAAAAGUAUAUCUUGAACAUUUUAAACUAGGUAUAAUAUCGAAAAAAAAAUCUUAAUAUUUUAUUACUUUUUCUCGAAUAAUAAAAAUAACUAGCCUUCUCGAUAUAAAUCUAUCAUUUUGCGCAUUGCACUAAUUAUAUCGCAGAAUCGAAGGAUAGUUGUUAUAUAUGAUCACACGAUUAUGAUCAUUAAUUAAUUCUUGACAUACAAUUUCAAAGUCGUAUGGAUGAUACUGUUUUGUUAAUCGUCGAGGAAUACUUAUGCCUAAUUAAAGAGAUACGUGGGUAUAUUCACAUAAUUAUGAAGUCUCUCUACUUCUUUCCUUGAUGAUACGCGGGUCUAGGUAAAUGCGAAAAGCGAGCAAGGCCAAAGUGAAGGCAACAAGGAGGGUCCGGCAUUGAAUUGUAUGAUGCUUAAAGUAUGGAGUAACGAUGAUGUAAUCUCGGCACUACGGAAACUUACCUAAAUAUUAAUAGGAAUAAUAAGUUUAUCUAUGUUAUCUGAUCAUAUAGUCAUUUCGAUGAGAGGGCGAGAGGGAGAAAAAUAUUAUAAAACAUUAUGACAAGAUAUAAUUAUAUAUAUGAAACAAAAAAAAAUAUAUAUAUAGCAAAAUAUAUAAUUGUUUUUUUUUUGGGAAAAAAAUUUUUUUGAAUAUUUUAUUACCGACUUUUUUAAUCUAAAAAUUUCGAUUAUUAAAAAUUAAUUUGAUGUUGUAAUUAUGAUUGAAAUGUUUCCUCUUAGACAUCAUUUAUUUCUGUCGCAUUUUUAUUGAAUAUUUAUUCUCGGAAAUCUGUUUCAAGCAAGCUAAUGAGGGUCAAUUAGAUAAUACAUUUUUCUACUAAGCAAUAUUAUUUACGUACAACUUCCUGUUUUGAACAACAUUUUUAUCUAUAUAAAACAAAAAGAAUGUAUUCUAUCAGGCGGGUCAUAACUUUUUGUAUAAUAAAAUGUGAAUGUAGUAAUAAUUGGCUUAUUGAAUGAGAUUUUAAACAGA